AAUCCAGAACUGUCUGACGUUUCCUUGAAAAGCAUAACACAACCAUCAAUGAACACCACAUUAGUUUUAUGUAUUACACUGUAUUGUAACAAGUUAUUUAAGUAACUUGUUGUAACCUGACACUUCAGUCUACUUGAAACUGAGCUAAUACAACUAUUCAGUAAUUUUAACUAAUAAAGCAACUUCUAUACCAACAAACAAGCCCCUCCCCUCACUGAUGCCCCCACCCCCGAGCUGUGGACAACAAAAAUCCUGUAAAAUCUUGAGUCCACGUGGAAAGAGAUUAUUUGCAACAGAUAGUCAACGGAAAGAUUUAAUGAAAGCAUGGCACAUGUACGGUAGUGAAAUGUUACUGGAUUUACUGAAAGUUUAAUUAUAUGUACAGUGCAAUAUGUUGUCUUUUGCCACAAUGCCAUCCACAACUAGUUCAACUUUUUAGACAGUGGUUGAGAUUGAAAAAAAUUUUAGUCGCCCAAGUCCAACCAUGGAACUAAGAUCUGGUCGCCAAAUUUAACAUACAGUCGCGCUAUAUCAUUGACAAACACAAAUAAACAAACUGACGUCAACAAGAUAUCAAAAGCUCUAUAACUAAGGGAAGAAGACCUGUGUUGAUCGAUUAUUUUUAAUAAGACUCGAUGUAAUGAUCUAUAAAACAUAUAAAAUUUCAGCUUUUGUAUUUUUAUUUUACAAAUUCUGUGACGUCACAUGAAACCCCUCUAUUACGUAAUAAUUAUAUCAUACGUAAUAGUAACAAAUUGUGAAACUCUGAGACUCCAGGAUCUGUGUUCUAAUCUAAACUCACCCCCUCCAUACCACCCUAUUAGAUCUGUUUGAUUCCAACAUAACUUCAAACGUACAAGUUCAAGUUAUCAAUGACAAUGCUGUUGAACGUUUGUGAUUGCUUAUAAUCCAACGGCCCGGCAUGCAAAUAUACGGUCCUAUAAUUCGCCAUUUCAAACAGGGAAGCUAUCUUUGGAAAAUAUCUGGCAACGAGCCAACGAAUCAUACGAGGCAUAUAGGAGCUAUAGUAGCGAGCCAUGAAUCAUGAUUGCGAGCCAUGCAAGUCACAUAUGCAUGUGCGAGGCAUUCAUACAAAUCUUGGCACAACACGCACCACUUGGAAGAGAAUAUGCAGAAAUUGAUACGAUUACAUCAUUUGAUAUGUAAACACAAGCCCUUUCCGGUAUGGUUCUCGUAAAAAUUUCUCUUUCUUUUCCCCACAAAGAUUUGAGAUUUCACAUCGCCGCCUUUAUCAUGUACACUGUAACCUACAGUAUAUUUUCGUACAAGUUUGCUUUCCUUGCUCCAUAUAGUAGUGCAUUAAUUAAUACAAUUUGAACUAUAUCUCGUACUACACACGUAAAAAUCUCACAACUUGCAGCAAGUCUGCUAACAAGCCAUCAACAAGUUGUGUUCGCACUGCUUGUUCCAAGUUGUCAACAAGUUUGGAACAAGCUGUUAACAACUUGUAACAAGCUUGAUGACAUUAUCAGACUUGUUGCAAGGUUGUUCCAAUAAGUCCGAUACAGUCAUGAUAUACCAAUAUUGUAACAUUCUUGUUAUAUCAUGACUGUAUCAGACUUGUUAGAACAACCUUGCAACAAGUCUGAUAAUGCCAUCAAGCUUGUUACAAGUUGUUAACAGCUUGUUCCAAACUUGUUACAACAACUGGGAACAAGUAAAAUUACGGGAAGCUAGGAGAGCCUUGCUCGAAACGUUGAAUUAUAAUUUACUUGUAUUUUUCAUUUCAAUCCGCAGCUGGCUGGUGUUAUUGUCACUACCUAUAGCUAUACGCUGGCACAGACCGUUCUAGCCUGCGCCACAGACGCUCGUGCAUUUGCGGAAACUCGGGAAAGGAGGGCGCUUCAUUUGUUUAUCACAAUUACGCGCCAGACUAUACAGUACUACAAAGGUGGCGGUCUCGUCAAAGAUUUCUGCAUACAAUUGCAUACAGAAAGUAUGCAGCAAGCAGGCGCUCUUGAAUUUUGGUUUAUAACGUUUGUUUAAUUAAGGUUUUCCCCUUACAACUAUAGUAACACUGUACCAAUGAAAGAUGGUCCUUAGCCUGAAAAGAGUUUACAACUGAUCCCUUCAACAAUCAGUUAUAUCGAGUGAGAUGCCCAAAAUCUAAUAUUUUUUUUAGAACUGAUUGUAUAAUAUAAGCAAAGAUUUCCUAGCUCCAUGAGACCUGUACUUACAUAAUAAAAGGAUUAAGUAUUUUUUUAUAAUAAACGGCUAUUAAGUAUUGUUCAGAAAAAUGCUGGCAAAAUAUUUCAAAUCCUACAGACAGGAUGUCUGCAUGUAUUCCCUCACAAGCUUGCAAUAAUUGUUAGUUAUAUGCAUGUAGUAUUGAAAUUCUUCACACACCGACUAUAGAUGCUUCGCAAGAUAUCAGUUUGAAUCCUUCUCAAUUCAGUUUGAGAAUUUUACCCUCCCAUCGUUGCGACGUCCCUAGCCGAUAAACUUUUUAAACUGUAUAAGAAAAUGGCGGGUUUGCGGAAUAGAUCCCCUGUGUAUACCGAAAGACAAAGAAAUACUAUACAGGGUCUCCCAAAACAACCGAAAACUAUUGAAAUCACCAAUAACGGUUUAAUUGUUAGAAUUUGAAUGCCUUAGCACGCUCACUGUUGGUUCCCACAAUUUUUGAAAGUUAAUAAAACAGCCAAUGAGAGCAAAUUUUGAAAGAUAUGUAGACCAAAUAACUCAAAAUGCUAUAGCGCUUCUAAAUGUUUGGAAAAUUUAAACUAGGAUCAAAGUUAUCGGUCAGUGAAAAUCGAAAAAUCGCCUCGCGUUUGGACCUUUAUGAUGCGAUAUGCACUUAUAGCGAUAAGCGGCGAGCUGAAGGAAGAUGCAGCAAGCGUAACGGACUCGAAACUUCCGGUGAAAUUGCUUGUAAUACAGUAGUUUCUUAUAUUAAUGACAACACAGACUCGAGCUGGGGCAGUUCUGAACUGAGUAUCAAAAUGAACACAGCAAACUUUGCAUUGAUCGUUUUCUUUGGAAUUUUUUAUUUUGUUUCAAGGUACGUAUAUCGACACUAUCAACAUUCAAUGUGUUUAUAGGUUGGUACAGAUCCGAAUUCGACCUAGCUUCUGUCCAGUUAGCUGGAUGCAGAUCAGUCUGACAAACAUUUCAACAGGGUUUGAUGUACAGUAGAUUGACUUUGUUCUGAGUCUCAGGUAAACAUGUAAAGUGUAAACGUUCACUCGCGACUGGACUAAUUUAUAUCGAGUGAGUGCGCAAAUUCGUCCGGGUCCUGUUCGUUCACACGGGGAAUUCGUUACCGUUCGGCCGGUGUGCAUGCAUGUGCUCGAAUUAAUUCGCCUGGUUUUAAGCAUAUAUCAAUGGUAUCAUGUCAUUCAUGUGAACUGGAAAAGCGCUGCAAUCGUGCAAAUUUCCUCAUAUUAAGUUUUCUCAUAUUUUCAUCACUUAUAGUUAACUUUUUCUUUAGUGUCAAAUGCCUUUCAUUCGAUAACAAGGAAGUUUUUUUGACAAAGAGAAGCUCAAGCAACGCAGGGCAAUGUGGUUUGAAACCCGACAUUAAAGAAUUAAAAGAUCUUCUGCUUGAAGUCAAGAAUGAAAUCAGUGAUCUGAAAGAUGAAUUUAGUCACGAAAUGAAAGCUUUGUGGAAAUACAUUAAUGCGGGGAAAUGUCACAAGCAAAUUACGGAUAAAAACCAAGGCAAGUAUACCGCGUUUUGUAUGCAUUGUAACUAGCUCGAAUACAAUAAAUAAUUUAUUUAUGUUGGUUGAAUUCCUUAUAUAUAAAUUUUCCGAAAGAGGUCACGUUUAUUAAUACUGGUUAUGUUAAGAUUGGUUUAGGAUUACAUUUAAGAUCUAGGGCUAGGCUAGUGUUAUGGGUUAGGAUUAAUUAAGAUUAGGAUUAUUAAGUAAGAUACGGUUUAUGAUUAAAGGUCAUUAAAGCUACAAUCUUAGACAAUAAUAAUAAUUCACAUCAAGGUGGCUCGAUAUAGUUUUUUAAAAAUGGAAAAUUCAUGAUUUAGAUCAAUAUUUUUGAGAAUUAUUACUUGUUGAAAAACAUAAAGUAUCUUACUGAUUUAAAACAGCAUCUAAAUUAAGGGUUUGUAUUUUUUACAAAAAUUAAGCAACUGCUGUUGCUAUGGCAACAACGACGUUUCAAAAUCGUGGAUAUUUUGGCUUUAAAGUAAUCCCCGAGCCAACGGCGAGGAGCGCUUUUCCGGGCGUAAGCCCGGGGCAAAGGUACUAAUUCCGCACGGCUAUUUACCCCCGGGGAAAGGAAAGCAUUAGUGAAGUCUAAUGUUCAUCAAUAAUCGUGGCGUCGUGGGCGCAUGGCUAUGGUUCACUAUCAUGUUUUAUUGAAUUUUAAACUAUUUUAGUCAUUUUUAUGCCUAUUACCACUAAUUAUUGGGCCUGCUAUGGUUUAAGAACAUUCUUUAAAAAGCGCUUUGUGAAGCGUUUGUGGCUGAAAUUUAAGUGAUAGCAUAUCUAACAUAUUUAUUUUGGGGGAAAUUGAGGGAUAUUUUUGAGGGGGCUUUUCAAUUUUAAAAACAUUCUUAAUAAAAUUAUCGUGUUACCAUGUCCAUGUUCGGAAAAUAUAGUGGUUUUGCCAGCAAGGCUAGGGGUUUCUGCAUGCAUGCAUGUAUUUCUAGUUCAACUCGUAAACGACAUCGGUAACCCCCAAAUUUUAUUUCACAAAACGAUUUAUUUUAGUAUACCAGGUAUUGCUAGGUAUUGUUUUACAUCCAUAAUACUCCUUUUAUUUUCCAACAAGUAAUAACUGUCCAAAAAUACGGAUCUAAAUCGUGAAUUUUCCAUUUUCUAAAACUGUAUCAAGCCACCUUAAUAUAGAAAUUUACGUAAGUUACACAAAUACAAUUUUCUUUUUUUAAAAUAAUUUAGCAUAUUAUGCUAAAGUGGCUAAAUUAACCGUGAGGUUUUCUAGUAAGCCACUAUAGUCAUUAUCAGUUACUAUUUUAUCAUGUAUAGCAAAUUUUAAAAGAUAUAGUGAGUAGUAGACGAAUUUGUGAUAGCUGCAUAUGUAGAUUUGUAAGUUGUUACAAUAAAUUGUUUUCUAGAGAAAUUGCUUAACAUUUUUGGAAAAAGAAAAGAUUUUUAGUUCUUUUGUUUUAGAAAGUUCGUGCAGCAUGCCAGUAUUCAAUUGGCAUAUAUAAUGUUUUGAAAUUUUGCUCAGAAGAAUAUCUGGUAUUAUAGGAAUGUAUAUUAGCUACGGUAAAUUUGCGUGACUGAAGAAAUUUUGGAAUGCUAGCGGCAAUUUUUGCUUGUGCCAAAGUUUAGAAGAUAAGAACUCAAUGUUGUUAAUGUAGAAAUUGACCUAAUACGUUUCUUCUCCGAUAGUGUGCAGUGAACCAAAGGGACUUGGUAUGCGAAAUGGUCUGAUCAGUGACUCACAAAUCUCGGCGUCAUCUCAGUGGGAUAGCAACCACAGCCCAAGCAAUAGCAGACUGUUCUAUGCACCCCAUAAUGGUAGAACAGGAGCUUGGUCGUCCAAAACAAAUGAUAUCAAUCAAUGGUUACAGAUUGAUUUUAAGCAACUAACUGCCAUAGUUGGAGUCAAUACCCAGGGGAGAGCAGGAAAUACUGAGUUUGUUAAAAGCUACACACUGUCGUACAGGCAAGAUGGACUGUCAUUCCAAGCCUAUAAACCUCAUGGUCUUCUCAAGGUACUAAAUAUAUAUUCAAACGCUCAUUAAUAAUUCUUAUGCUUAUUGGCAAAUCAUGUCAACUAUAAUAUGUCGCAUGCAGUGGCUUUAAACCUGAUAAAACACUCCUAAUCAUUACUUCUUUAUGUAAAGAAUACUAAUAAGGCAGUAUCUAUUGUAGUCGUGUCCUCAUGCAUUAGUAUUCUUUAUAUAAAUAAUACUAUCGUUUUUUUAUCAGGUCUAAAGCCACUCGCGCUGCACGCUCGUGACUUUAAACCAAUAAUAAAACACUACUGCUCGUUUAUUAAACAGUACGUGACAGAUCAUACCUAUAAUUUCAUGAAUUUCUAUCACUGCACAGCAAUAGUUAGGGUCUGCCAGUCCGGGGACUGAAUAUAGCCUGAAUGUGGAAAUAACUGAUAUGAUAUAAACCAGGGUGAAUCCCAUUAAAUUUCUGAUGAGAGAUUCUAAACUCAGUUUGCAUGGUUCUCUUAAGCUUGGUGCUAAGGACAUUUAGGUACUAAGAAUUUAUCACAACAAAUGUCACCACUGCACAUAUUUACUGUUCAUCAAUGCACAUUUUCACUAUAUUACUGCUGACAUUGGUUGUCACUGCACAUUAAAAUUGGGUAUGUUAUAGAUCAUUUAUCAAUUAUACAACUUAUAAUUAGUACGAAAUCUUAAAACUGUAAAUGUAAUGUACGUUUUUCGAUAUGUUUCUUUGUACUCGAGAUAUUUCAAUUUGUUUGAUAUGUAAAAGAAGUAAAUCUGUGACGUCAUUGGCAGGAUAAAUAUUUUGAAACAAAACUUCUGACGGUACUACAAACUUAAUCAUCAUAAUUUGGCCGCACCAUUUAUUGCCUUGUCAAUCUCAUAUUCCAUGAUAAAUAUCAACAAUGAAACUUGUAUUUCAAGACUUACACAGAUAUAUAAAAAAUGUAAAAUAAUUAACUUGUAUAAGUUGAUCGUUAUGUUUGCGUAUUUGAAAAUGUACUUCCAUUGAUAAUGUAAUACUUCCAAUAUAAAUUUUAUGGUAAUGAUGAUAGUAAUAAUAUGUGUAAUGAAACUACAAUUUCUAUAGAAGUAACCAUAUAAUAUAUAUAUAAUAUAUAUAUAUAUAUACCGGGUGGCCCAAAAAAAAGUACUCCUGUUUGAUUCGUAAUAACAUCUAAACAAGUAUAGCUUUUAAAGAGAAAUAACUUGCAUCAAAUAGAGGAAGGACUAACUUAGACUUUGAUAUAUUACAGUUGUAUUUCACUUAAAAAUUCACGGAGAUAUUAAUCUUUAAAUUCGGGAGGAUAUUUCUUGAUGUGUCUGAAAUAUGCAAAAAUCGGCGUAUCAAAUAUUAAUCAAGAUUUGCCCGACUGAAACAUGCACUAUUACCAGUAAAUAAAUGACACUUGACAAAUUGUUUAUUAUGAAACAAAGUAUUAUUAUAUCUAUUAAUCCUGCUCUAACCGAGAAAUAAUCAACUUUGUUUUGAACCCAUGAAAAACAUAAAAAAAUAGGUUAUUUAAGAAAAAUUGAAGCGCCUGUCUUGCAUGGUCUUUCAGUACCUUAAGUUUGCAAAGACCUAUUAAAUACUUACAUAAUUUCGAACGUUCAUAUUUCAGGAAACAAUAAGUUAAGACUUACAAGUAAGAUGUCUAAAUCUACGCCAUAUCCCUUACAAACCCUAACGACAAUUCGCUGAAAUACAAUUUACCCUGAUAUGUCAUUAAGCAAACAAACGCUGGAGUGAAAAUUUGAUACGCCGAUUUUCGCUAAUUUUAGACACAUCCCAAAAUAUGCUCCCGAUUUUGAACAUUAAUAUCUCCGUGAAUUUUUAAGUAAAAUACAACUGUAACAUAUCAAAAUCUAAGUUAGUCCUUCCUCUAUUUAAUGCAAGUUAUUUCUGUUUGAUAGCUUUACUUGUUUAGAAGUUAUUAUAAAUCAAACAGGAGUACUUUUUUUUGGGCCACCCGGUAUAUAUAAUAUAUAUAUAUAUAUAUAUAUAUAUAUAUAUAUAUAUAUAUAUAUAUAUAUAUAUAUAUAUAUAUAUAUAUAUAUAUAUAUAUAUAUAUAUAUAUAUAUAUAUAUAUAUAUAUAUAUAUAUAUAUAUAUAUAUAUAUAUAUGUAAAGUUUACUUGUGAAACUCGUUGAUAAUUCAAGAAAAUUCAAAAGAAAUCAAUGUUUAAUGAACAUUAUACAAAAUUCUCUUGAUUUUCAUAAACCUCUUCGUUGAUUUUCUCAGUUAAAAUCAAUUCUUUUUUAAAUAAUUUCUUUAAAACAAAACUGUUGAAAUUCUUACGUUUGACGAGCUAUAAUAAUACAGCAAUCGCGCCCGUUUUAUAUGACUGAUACCACACGGCCGGUCAUGAUGUAUUUGUAUAUAUACAAAGUGUAUAAAAAAACUGAAGAGAUUUAAAAUUGCUCUCAAUUUCGCAAAACAGCGCAUGGUAUCAAGGUAUAUAGAUUCCUUGAGUAGAACUAAUAAUUCCAUAAUGUAGAACUAAAAUUGUGUAAACCAGGGGGUGUUUCUUUUCCAACAAAUUAAAAAUGGCUUGCGCACGAAAUUCAAAAGCUUUGAUCGUAUUUUGAAUUAAUGGAUGGAAAAUGUGUUGGGAUUUUAAUUACUGUACAAAAUUUCAGACAAUUUGCUUUAGUUUAAGCCCCAAAACUAUUAAUUUUUUUCUAAAAAAAUCAGCCUUUCGAAUGCUUAAUGUCUUUACUUAAUUUGCAUAUUGCUGACAUAUGCAAAUUAGGCAAAGGUAUAAAUAAGCAUGCAAAAGGCUGACUUUUUUAAAAAAAAUGUAAGUUUGCGUGAAUAGUUAAAGGGCUUAAACUGAAGCAAAUUGUCUCAAAUUUUGUGAAGCAAUUAAACACCCAACACAUUUUUCACCCAUUAACUCAAAAUACAAUUAGCUUUUAAAUCUCGUGCGCAAGCCAUUUUAAUUUAGUUUGUUGGAACUGAAACACUCCCCCCCCCCCCAUGCUUUACAAAACUUGAGUUCGAGAAUGUUUUUUCAUUAAUCAUUAUUCUACAUUAUAAGUACCCAAAGAAGCUACACAUAUCAAAAACUGGAUACUAAUACAUGUUUUGCGAAAUUGAGAGCAAUUUCAAAUCUGUUCAGUUCUUUUAUACACCCUGUAUAUUACCUAUAUAUAAUAUUACUUAGAUUUUGUAAUGAGAUUUCUGUCGACAGUAUCACAUUAUACGACAUGCAGUAACUAUAUACGUUAUUUUUCAUAUUUUUCAUAUCACUAUAUGUUUUCAAGUUAAUUGAAUUGACAAGAGCCAUGCAUAUGUAAAGAAAUAUAAUGAUUAUAUAUCAAUAGUCGAAGUCGCAUUUUUCUAGUGUUUUAUUGGUUGAGAGCAUAUCACGUGAGAGUGACGAAAUUAGGCUGUCUCCCUCGCAACAGCGCGAGAGGGAGAUAAUACGUUAUCGACCGGCGAAUAACAAAAAAAUCACGUGCGCCAUCACGUGAAGAUGCGACCUUUGGACAUGCCUAGUAUACGUAAUUAAAACUUUCGCUUUAAGUAUUGACUGCAGUGUAGCCAGUGUUUAAUAUAACGUUUUAACAAUAAAAUAUUUCAUGUAUUUACGUUCAUUUGUUCUUUAAUUUGUUGUUUCUUUGACUAUUGAUAUAUAAUAAAACACUUAUUUACUGAGACCUCGGGAAAGCAGUGUGUAUCUCGGGUCCACAAAACACACUGUUUCCCUCGGUCUCAGUAAAUAAGUGAUAAGUAUAUCAUGUACAAUAUAACUGUUAUUUUUUAAUCUAAUUCUCUUCAUAACAUGCAGGUAUUUAACAGCAAUACCGAUAUAGAUUCAGUUGUUCAUCACAGUCUACCCAAAGCAAUUACUGCCAGAUAUAUCCGAGUUCAUCCUAAAACCUGGCAUGGUCACAUUUCUAUGAGGGUGGAAUUCCAUGGAUGUUACAUAGGUAAAUAUAUACUAGCUUUUACAUCACCAAUAUACAACCAUGAGGCCAUGAGAACUUUCAAGUGCAAAAUGCCGAACUAUCAUAAUCAGAUUUCUUAACAAAUAAGAAUUAAAAUAGUUAGAGCUAUCUAUAUAUACGUAUAUCAAGAAAUUAGCUUGAGACGUCUGUUGUUUCUCUCAAUUAGCCUUUCUCACGGACGAUUUUCCGCCAUUUUCGGGGUACUGCCUCUCCAACGUUUGAGAGUCUCCGCACCACGAAAUGCGACUUUCUAGUAUUAUACUUGUUUGUAUAAUGGUAAAUUUACAGUUACAACUUUUAAAAGUCGCUUUUCACGUUGUUUGAAUUGUCUAGAAUUUUUCAUGAGGACAGACAGUACCCCCAAAGUGGCGGAUUUUGGCCUCCGUGACAAAGGCUAAUUCAUUCAUAGUUAUUGGAGUACUGACUUGGGAUCUUUUUACUGUUCCUCUUAAUUCGUAUACUUACGCCCGUAUUCCAAAAGCUCACUCACACUCGUACUCAAUGAGCGGAAGUUCAAUCUGAGCCUCUCUGGAGUGUCAUUGCUGUUUUUGAGUAGCUGGAGGGUUCACCCUCCAGCUAUUCAAAAACAGCAUUGACACUCAAGAGAAGCUCAGAUUGAACCUCUACUCAUUGAGUGUGAGUGUGCAUGAGUGAGAUUUUAGAAUACAGGCGUUAUUACACUGGCCUGUAGGCCAAGUGUCUUAAAUCCCUCUUUUUCUGUUUUUUUCGUAGUCGAGAAAUCGAGUUUGCGUUAGGUCAUCGCUGGCUCAGGGUGCAGCGUGCUACAGUGACAUAUUCAGUUCAGUUUCAAAAUGGCGGCUUUUCACUGAGCGAUCUAAUAUAUAUUUCACACGUUUCGUUUCAAAGAAUUGUGCCGGUUUCCUAUGGAUUUUACGUUGUGUCGCACUCUGGCCUUUCUUGCGUGUUGAAUUAGUGUGUUUUUCUUUGUGUAACGACUCGAAAACCCCAAAAUAUGGACCCAGCGAAUUUAUACAAUAUAGUGGAAUAUAAACAAGGAGUCAAGGACAAGUUAAAGGUUUGACAGUUUGACUUUUUAAUUAACAAGUAUAAAUAUACGUUGUAGGCUCAUAAACAUGCGUUGUGCACUUAUAUUCAUUUGCAUAAUUAUAGAUUGGCACCUAAUUACACUAAUUUGCACCAAAUUACUUUCCAUUUCAUCAUAUAUUACUAUAAAAUGUAUGCUUUCGAUUGUAUUCAGCGAGGUGGCAUUGCGUGCGGCGAAGUGAAACGUGGUACUGUUCGAUUGUUUUUUGGAACAAGAUUCAACUCCCCCCCUCCCCCCCACUUUCUUAAUUCUCAAAUUGUUUAUUAGAUGUUUACUGGUUGGGGUUAGAGAAGGGCUUGGGGUUGGGAUCAGUUUAUCUUAUAAAUGGAAGCAAAUUGGCGUAUUUUUUAGAAGAAUCGUCUAUGUCUAUGAACUCUUUAGCACCUGAAACGAGCCAUAUAUAUAAUGGCAUUAAAAAUCAAGGACUAUAUAAUUUCUUCGCUAUUAUUGGCCUAUCAUUAUUUACGGUUGACAGUUGAUGAUCAUAGUUACAGUGGGCCUGGCUUGUCAGGUUGAGUCGCCCAUAGCCAGAAGCAGUGGCGGAAAUUCACUUUUUCCGGUGGGGGAGCAAAGCCUCCUAAAUUUCCGACAAAACAUUCAAAUUUCCGACAUACCCCCCAUUUGCACUCUCGAAAAAGAUCAUUGUUUUAGCCCUCUUUUAGGUCAAAAUUUCGAAAAUUCGUCACCUUCCUGUGAAGGUGGGGGGGGGGGGACGGCCGCCCCCCCCCCGUCCCACCAAGACUUGGGAGCUUAAGCAUGUAGGACGGCAACACGACGACGACGGCAACCAAUACAAUUAGUCAAUGAAAAGAAAUAAUUAAAGUCCCAGGGGAGUUUCAGACGUAGUCGUUGCUCUGUUUACAACGGCAAAUCAUAGAUUUUCACAUCUUUUAUAUAACGCCUGCAUUUCAACUCGUAACAAGUGCAACUUAAGGUGGCUCCAUACAGUUCCGUAGUAUAAAUCCCUUAUUGCGUAAAAAAUUCAAUUUAUAAAUUUUAUCACUUCAUCUAUUAAUUUUAAGCAUUCCCGAGUAUAAAUUAAGUAUUUGGUAGAAAAAAUUUGCAAUAUUCUUGAACAUAAUAUUGUUUUCAUGGUAACAGUAGUCUCGCCAAAUAUGGUAUUUUUUUCUAUUUUAAGCAGGUUUUUAUUAUUUAUUUUCCGAAUAUUGCCGGUGACACCCCAUUUUUAAUUGCUGUAUAGCUUUCACUUUUAAUGCGGAAUCUUAUCCCUGAAAAUAAAAAAAAAUCUGUAGAUUAGAAAAACCAGAAUAAAAAAUUGCAGAUUUAGAUUUAGCAGGUAUCUCACUCGCUCGGCCGAAAGUUUUUCGAGCUCUGCAAGAUCAAUUAAUUGACAUGCGCGUACAUGUUUUCGCAGGCGCAUCUCCAGAAAAACAUGCACAAAAAAGUUUUUAGUCUCGUCGAAAUAUCAAAUAUAUGUUGUGUUUUCUUGCUUAGAAAUGCAAAUAUCUUUAGUUUUGCAUGCUAACUCGGGAUAACGCCAAGAAAACCGUGAUUGUGUCGUUUGGUAUAAGAUAUGUGUGACAUGUAUGAACUUUUUGGCUUCUCUACAUAGUUUUAUAUUCGUUUACAGUCGUAACUUGUGUGUUUUCAUGUUGUUGUUGACAAUUUAAAACAGUUUGAGCCGGCGCAAGAUGCUGUUUCACUGAAUUCCUUUGCUGUUAGUAACACUUUGAAUACAUUUACCAGUUGUAAGUACAAAAAACUCUGGAUAUAUGAACUUAUAAAUCACCAAAUAUUGGAGUAAAAAACUUUUCGCCGGUCUGGCCGAUCGCCGGUUUUCACAACAGUUUGAACGUUGAACAUUGCAUUUUUUACCUUAAAAUGUCUUCUAAAAAGACUAGUUAUUCAAUGUCCAGGGCAAAAUAAGGACGAAGUUUGUUCUUUGACAACAAAUGAGAACAAGGAAGACUCAAAACAUCAAAAUAAACAUGACUUGUGGUUCGGAUUUUAGACAGAAAAAGUUGUAUAUAUUUUUAAUAUUUUCGCGCGAAAACUCAACAUUAGGUAUACCAGUCACUGGUACCAGUCCCCCGAUGAUGAAAAGUGUCUGGCUCCUCCGCAGGCCCUCGUUGUGUCAUGGGAAGGUCACGAUCUCCAGAGGGCCUGCGGAAUCUUGUAAAAUGAAUAAAUGUUGUUUUGAACCUGCUUCGUUAAAGAAGGCAGUUUUAUUCUUGCAACGUUGGUGUGGACAACAAACCUUAUCGUUAAAAAAUGCUUCCUUCCACGUCCUAAGAGUCGCCAGUUUAAUUUACAAGUUUCACGCCGCUUUUUUAUAUCUUGUUUAUAUUCAAGAUUAUGUAGAAAUUUACUUGCUGACGUGACGCCGGCGCCAUUUUUUUUACAAGAUUCCGCAGGCCCUCGCCAGAUCGUGACCUUCCCAUGACGCAACGAGGGCCUGCGGAGGAGGCAGGAAAAGUGUAUGGAGCCACCUUAAAAUUCGGUUCAGUAGAAGUCUUUCCAAACAUAAAGCCAAUGUUUUCAACUUCUUAUACUGUAUUAAAUUCAUACGAAUUAUAAUAUACGACAAGUUUUCUUUACUAUCAUUUAUUUGAAGGAAUUUGUUUUGGCCGUCGUCGUCGUUUUGCCGUCCUACAUGCUUAAGCUCGCUAUUUCCGCCACUGGCCAGACGGUACGCCUGAGCCGGAGUCUUGGUAUAUUAUGGUUGAUAGUUGCUGAUCAUGAAUGUAUUUAUUGGUUGUAUUUAUAUGGUCCAGACCUCCUGUAUCCCUAUCUACUUCUCUACUACACAUUACACGCCAGUGUGAACGCCUGAGCAGGCGUCUUGUUGGUUAUAUAAGAGGAAAAGUAGAAUUCCCAAGUUAGAGCUCUAAUAUAUAUAUAAAAAUCCUUAACGAAAUAAUUAUAGGCUGCAUCCAUCGGUGUUAGACAAGGUACAGUAUACAAUGUAAGCCAAUAUGCUCCGCCGCAUUUAUAUAAUAAUUUUUGGAAGGAGCGUGAAAUUAUUUUGCAGGGCGUCAAUGCUAUUUAAGAGUUCUCCUCAGGAAUAAUAAAAGUAUUUUAACAAUUUCAUUUCAUGCAAAUACGUAUAACGCCUUUAAACUUUUGUUAGCUCGAAAACUUCGAUCUUUCUGUAGCGGUACGAGAAUUGAAUCGAUAUUUCAUGAUAUUUUAAUUAAAUAGAAAUAAUAUGGGAACCAUAUGUUAUGUUAUAGAUAAUGGAUUAACGUGAUGAUAAAGAUUGCAAAUACAAAUUAUUAAAUAUUAUAUUUUUGUAAAUUUAAUGUACUUAGGUAUGGAUGCACGCGUUUCAUUCAGUAGUUAAAUGUAAACAGUUUAUAAAUGUCUACUACUCGGUACUAUACAUCUAAUCUACAUCACAUCACUUGCAGAUUGCAAGGACCCUGGCAAACUAGGCUUAGAGAACGGAAGAAUUCGCGACGGUCAAAUCAGCGCAUCAUCUAACCAUGAUUCAAACCAUCGUGCACAAAAUGGACGUCUGAACUUUAUAGCGCACAAUGGCAGAACUGGAGCGUGGUCAGCAAAAGUCAAUGAUGUGAAGCAAUGGUUACAAGUUGAUCUUGAACAGCUAAUCGUGAUCACGGGUAUAAGCACACAAGGCCGUGCCGAUUGUUGUAAUCAGUUUGUCAAAACGUACAUUGUUUCAUACAGCAAUGAUGGCGCACAAUUUCAACCAUACAAAGACCAAAAUCAAAUUAAGGUAAUUAAGGGUGUCCCAGAAAAAAUUACGCUGUUUGAUUUAGUAAAAGGGAAAAAUUGAACAGCUAUUUUACUCAAAUAAGUUCUAUUGUAUUCAGAAAGGGCAAACUCAGUGGUGUAACUUCGUGUUAAGAGGGAGAUGGGGUUGGCAUGCAGUUAUAAUUGAAGAUUCGUUUGUUUCGUAGUGCAGGGGCCCUCUCAGGCAUGGGGCCCCGGCUCUUCCCAUGCACGACCAUUAGGAGUUACGCCACACAUUAAAACAACGCUACGAGAACUUUGUGAUUGAUAUUGGCGCCGACAUAAAAUGUUGACGCCAUUUCUGCCAUUUUGCAGCAAGAAAAAGAAAAACCUGGAAAAAACUGUGAAAAGCUGUUACUGCAUGCUCGUUUGGCAAAGAACUAAACGAACAACUUCAUGUAACAUUAAAUAUUAACCAUAAUCCAGUCACAUGACAAGUGUCGAAACCACCACUACUAAUAAUACAGUUCCAGGCCAGUAGAACCACCUUUAAUUUGUUUCUGAUUUCAUUUUCAAAUAUUUACACCAGGGGCCAGUUGUAUAAAAAGUGAUUAAAGUUACGUGGAAACGUCAUCCAAUAAGAAGCGCGUAUUUGAGAGUUAAUCACUAUUUAACUACAAAAUAGUGAUUAAAAAAGUGAUUAAGAGUUUUAUACAACCGGCCCCUGUUUUUUUAAUAAUCAUGGUCAGUACAACUCUCAUUGCUUCUCUAAGCAUCACUCAUUUCAUGUACUCGUCCAAGAUCCAUGCAUGAGUUGAAACGUUUGUUCUUUUCUCCUUCACUACUACGUGCUGUAAUUGUGGGUGGCCUUACUUUGUUUGACAUUCUUUCUUGUAUCGUACCCUGAUCGUAGCUCAUAUAACCCAAAUCUUCGUAAUGAGGACGAUGCAAUUAAAUUCAUCGGGCAAAAGAAAACGGUGGGUGUAAAAACCACUAAAAAUAUUAUUUUUACGACAAUGUUGAGUUAAAUGAAUGCCAUUUAUUUAUUUAUUUAUUUAUUACAUUAACUCCUCACUCAAACAUUUUUUGGAACAUAUUUCUUGGAUUUCUUUUAAUUUUAAAAUUGUACAUGCAACUUAGGUAUGUACUUAUUUUGUAUUUAAUUCAAUAAAAAUUCGAUAACAUUGUCAUUGUCAUAUCGGCUGUCGCCUCGUGAACGGAAAAUUCCAUCUUUUACCUUAUGAAAAUAUUAUUACCAUUGCACUGAUAGAUAUUCAGUAUUUGCACACUAUUUGGUUAAGCUUGAUACAUGGGUUUCAUUAUGGUCAAAAGAACGCAAGUACAUACAGCAUAAUUGUUUCAAAAAUCAAUAUUUGUUCAACAGAAAAAGCUUUUCCUAUGGUAAAAGUACAUUUGUCUAGCCGGAGAAACCAUGUCAGCAAAGGAAUCGAUUGGAUUAUCAUAAUCCGACGUUUGGUAUGCUUAAUUUAAACAAAUGUCUCACGAUGUUGUCUCACAGUGAACUAAAUGUAUUUCAACGUAUAGAUAAUAAUAAUAAUAAUAAUAAUACUAACAUUUAUAUAGCGCCUAUACCAGAAUGUUCUAAGCGCUUUACAAAAUUAAAUCUAAGCUAUAGUUUUAUGAAAUUAUUAAGUUAUUUACAAGUUGAUGAAAAUAUAUAUAUAUAUAAAAUGUUACUAUGCAAUAAAAUAGUUGUUUAAUCAAGUUUAAACGCUAAUUUGAAAGGAUAGGUUUUUAAUUUAGAUUUAAAAAUAUCAAGGUUAGAGCAAGACCUAAGGUCUAAUGGUAAAUUGUUCCAUAACAUUGGUGCUGAGAUUGUAAACGAUUUUGCCCCAUAAGAUUGAAGAUUAAAUCUUACUUGUUUUAAUAAAAAAGCAGACGAAGAACGAAGAGUUCUUGAGGGAGUAUAGUAUUCAAUCAUCUCUGUUAAGUACUUUGGUGCAAGUUCAUUUAAGGCUUUAAAGGUCAGCAGGAGUAAUUUAAAUUUAACUCGAUAUUCAACUGGUAACCAAUGCAAGUUAAUUAACACCGGCGUGAUAUGGUCGUAUUUGCAGGACUGGGUUAUAAGUCGCGCACAGCAGCAUUCUGCACAUGUUGUAGCUUUUUUAGUUGGAACUUGGGAACCCCAUAGAGUAAGGAGUUACAAUAGUCCAAUUUGGAACUGAUAAAAGCAUGAACAAGGAUUUCGGUAGAUUUUGGAGUUAGAAAUUUCCUUAUUCUUGCAAUAUUCCGCAAGUGAUAGAAGGCUCCUUUGCAAACAGAGUUAAUUUGUGGUAUCAUAGUCAUGUUUUUAUCAAAGAUCACGCCAAUAUUCCUUGCCAUAUCUGAAGGAGUAAUGUCAUAUCCACAGUUUAGAGAAAACACUGGUGAUGGGCGAUAGCGAGAAUGGAUAACCAGGAGUUCAGUCUUAUCUCCAUUGAGUUUGAGUUUGUUUAGCAGCAUCCAUGUCUUUAUAUCAGCAAGGCAGUCUUCAAUACGUUGGGCCGUAGAACUUAAAUCAUGUUCAUCAUUGCAUGCAAAUUAAGUAUAUAACUGGGUGUCAUCUGCAUAGAAAUGAAAUAGCAUGUUAUGACGCCGUAGAAUAUCAGCCAAGGGUGAUGUAUAGAGUAAAUACAAAAUUGGGCCAAGCACAGAACCCUGAGGAACACCACAGGUCAUGUUGUGAGUUUCAGACUUAGAACCAUCAAUAUUCACGAACUGAGAGCGAUUAGUCAAGUAAGAUCGAAGCCAAUCCAAGGCUUUUCCUUUUAUGCCAAAUCUAGUUCUUAAACGGUGAAUCAAAAUUUCAUGGUCUACUGUGUCAAAUGCAGAAGAGAGAUCGAGGAGUAGAAGUACAACACAGUUGUGACUAUCCAAAGCACGUAGGAUAUCGUUCUGUACUCUAAUCAGAGCAGUUUCACAACCAUGGUAUCGUUUAUAUGCAGAUUGGAAUGGUUCAUGUAGGUUGUUUUCGUCAAGGUACAGGUAACUGAUUAAACGAGAGGCUACGGUUUUUUCAAUCACCUUAGAAACCAUCUUAAGAUUCGAUAUCGGUCUGAAAUUAAUAAAUUCCUGAUAAUCCAAUGAAGGUUUCUUUAAGGUCGGAGUUAACACAGCCUUUUUCAAAGUAGAUGGCAUAUGACCUGAUUCCAAUGAUAAAUUGACAAUUUUACAAAUAACUGGUAGAAGAUAAUUUAUUUGAGGAAUAAGUAAUUUAGCUGGUAAUGGGUCAAGGACACAUGAUUUGGACGCGAUGGGAUAUAUAUUAAAUUUGAUAAUUCAUCCACAGUGGUUGGUGGGAAGGUAAACAGCUCCGACUCGGGGGGGAGGGAAGUAUCAAAUUCUGGUAGAUGAGUCAGAGCAAAUUCAUCAUUGGCUAAUUCUUCCCUAAUUUUGACAAUUUUGUUGGUGAAAAAGUUGUUAAAUUGGGUUGACAGUUCGUUGAGCGACUCACAUGACGGAUAGAAUUUCUCAGGACGCCUAUGGAGGAGACGAUCAAUAGUGUGAAACAGUUUCUUAUUGUCUGAUCCCGCUUCCUCAAUCAAGGAAGAAUAAUAAUUCGCUUUUGCAGUAUUAACUAAUUAUUUGACCAAUAGACACUGAUUAAUGUAAACCUGUAGAUCAACUUGGAGACCAGAACGACGCCAGCAUCGUUCGAACUUGCGCCUCUUGGAUUUUUGCACUGCAAUAUCCUCAUUGUACCAAGGAGCUGCUGGUCGUUGGAUGACGGUUUUAGUCAAUAGUGGCGCAUGAUCAUCAAGGAUUGAAGAUAAAACCUUGUCAUAUUGGUCACAAAGUUCCAAAAGAACAGGCUGAGGCGAUAGGUAUAGUGACGAGUUGAUUAUGUCAUUGCGCAGCUUUUCUGUGUUAAUUGAUCGAAUUUUCCUGCAUGUUACAAUUUUCUUAAUUUUAGUAGGUUUAGCCAAAUUCAAGUUACAAUGUAAAACAAAGUGAUCUGAAAUGACAGGAUCAUUGACAGAUAAAUUGCAGACAGUCUCUUCAUCUGAUCUGGUGAUAAUGAGAUCCAAAGUGUUACUAUUUUUAUGUGUUGGCGUGCUAAUGUGCUGUAUAAGAUUGAACGAGUCAAGUAAGUCCAGAAUGACCAGAAACUUAAGAGCAGUUGCAUCAGACGUAUCGUUAACAUGGAUAUUAAAGUCCCCGGUUAUGAGCAAUUUACCAGAAGAAGAUACCAGUAACUCCAGAAGAGAUGAAAAUUCAUCAAAGAACAAGUUAACUGUAAAACCAUUAGUUGAUGAUGGGGGAGGGCGGUAGAUUACCACAAUACGUGUAGUCACGGAGUUCUUAUGAAGCAGUAAUUGCAUCAGCUCAAAUGAUUUUUCGGUCUUAAGUUUUUUAAUUUUUAAGGAGUGCUUAAAUAUAAUGCCAACUCCCCCACCAGAGCCAAAUUCCCUUGGAACAUGGGAAAAUACAUAACCUGAAGGACAAAUAUCACGCGUUGUAAAUUCACAAUUCUCAUGACCUUUAAGCCAAGUUUCUGUGAGAGCCAUAAUAUCUAUAUCAUUAUCCACAAUGUAAUCUUUGAUUUGUAGUGUUUUGUUCUUUAUUGAUCUAGCACUUAGGACAGCAAGUUGAAGCAAUUUUAAACCAGGCUUGUUUGUAAAUUGAAUUGGUGUUUGCUGAACUGGAAUUAAGUUAUUCAAAUUGCGACUCUUGUUCACUGACCUGUAUCUUGCAUGAUAAUGACUAUAAUGGCGCUUCGCUGUAUAAAAUCUAUUUGAGACGAUAGCUUCAAUAUUAUAACAGCCAUUUUCACCCGAUCGAAAGAUGUCAAUGCCAACACUAUAUGUAGGGCUUGAUAUAGAACCAGUUAUGGUUUUACUUAGCUUAUCUUUGUUCCAACAUCCCAUUGGUAACGACUGCUCUCCAGUAUGAAAAUUCCGAUUAGUUAGUGUUCUUGUCUGCUGAGAAAGAUUUUCCAUUCCCCUUGCUGGUCCUGGGUUUAAAGCAAUAUCCUGAUAAAUGGUAAUAUCCAACGGUGGAUCAUGUCCCGGUAUAUGCAAUGAUAUUAAGCCAUGUUUACAGUAUUUAUUCACCACUAGCCGUGAUUUAAAAUAUCCAUUCGAGGCCAGUGUUAUUCGGCAUCUUUUACAUAACUUGAUAACAAAUAUAUGUCCAGAUUCCAGAUCAUACAGGCUUCGCUUAGUAGAAUUCAACAGUGAAGCUUGUAAAGUAAUCGUAGAUUUUCUAAUUGGUGACUUUACAGAAAUGAGAAGUACGAAAUACGACAGAAAUAAUACAAAAUUUAUAGAGUAACCCACCAAUUAACGUACUGGCGGCCAUUUUAAAAUUUUAGUUCACUGUUAUUUGUCUCAAUGUCUCAUGUUUCUUGCCUGUUUGUAAUUUGUUUGUCUGCAUGCACGUUCUAAAUCAGUUCUUUGCUUUAAUUCCCAAGGUGAACUGCAUUGAAAUUAGUUCAACAUAUGCCGUUUUUUAUUAACUUUUAUUCAAACAUUUAUAUCUCACUUAGUGUUGAAGAAGUACCAAAAUUUAAGUUUGCCUACAAUGAAUAUAAUAAAACUUAUGUUAGUGCAAUAAGUGUUAUAGAUUUUACGUUAUAUUAUAUCAAACAGCGUAACUUUUUUUUUGGGGGGGGGGGCACUCGGUGUUAAAUAUUAUACAUUAAACAUUGGUUCUACUAGAUCAAUUUUAAUAAUUUAUUCUGUGUCAAACUUCAUCUUUUAGAUAGAUUUUCUUCGAUGCCUAUACCACUAACUAAUAAAUACAUGUCUAAAAAUCUGGAUAAAUUUGUUCUUUAGUUACUUUGUUGGCUUGAAUUAAGUAUAAACUAUGCCAGGCUGUCAACAACAGAGAUGCUAUAACUGGGGCCUGAGAAGGCAUUGUUGUGCGGUAUGAAAUCCAUGUAUCACACUUGUCUGUACACUAAACAGCUAAUUACGCAUGUGUGCUCAUUUCUAGGUUUUCAGUGGUAAUACAGACAAAUUUUCAAUGGUACAUCACGAUUUCUCUUCACCAAUCUUUGCUCGAUACAUUCGCAUCCAACCAAAGACAUGGAACGGACACAUUUCUUUGAGAAUGGAACUUUUUGGAUGCUAUAAAGGUAAUAUACUUCUUCAUACUGAUUGGUUGUUGAUAAUUGUUGAUAAGUGUGAUCAUGGUAACCCUUUUUUUUAAAUCUGGUUAACUCAGUCUACGAUUUGGUGGUUACAACGAGGUCAUGUCAUGUAAACAAAUUAAAUCAGAUGUUCAGAUCUAUGGCUGAACAAUAAACAGCAAAAUAUAUCGACAUAAUUACGUGCUUGCAAAAGCAUUAUGUAAUAUCCAGUCAAUAUUUUCGCUUUAGUAUAUAUACAGCAUAUGUCAGCGUAUGUAUACUCUUCAAGUGUUUUCUUGUUUCUCACAUGCAUCUUCAGCAAUUACUCUUAGACAUUUCUUGAACGCUUCUUACCUAAUUUUCUAUGAUCCAUUCUAAUAAAAGUCCACACCACUCCAUUGAAGUAUUGGUGAUUCAAAUAGUGUAAAAAUAUAUAAUUCUUUGAAUAGAUUGUGUUGGUACAAAGGACCUGGGAAUGCGUAGUGGUAACAUCCAGGUCUCACAAAUCACAGCUUCGUCGGAAUGGGAUUCCAACCAUCGCCCGAACAACGCUAGAUUGUUCUUUACAGCACGAAAUGGAAGAACAGGAGCUUGGUCUUCAAAAACAAAUGAUCUUAACCAAUGGUUACAGAUUGAUUUCAAACGACAAGCUGUUGUGGUUGGUAUCAGUACUCAGGGAAGAGAAGAUUGCUGUUCACAGUGGGUCAAAACCUACACGUUGUAUUACAGCAUCAACGGGGUAUCAUUUUUCCCAUACAAACAUCAUAGCCAAGUCAAGGUAGGUACAUUGUUGAUAUCAUGGCAGAGUCUAGUGUCGGUGAAACAGUAGUGGAACAGUGGCUAAUGCCUUUUAUCUCUGCGAUCAUGGUUCUAUUUAUGCAUUCCUAUUAUCAAUUCGUCUUAUUCCUGUGUAAAAGGAUCGUUCUAGUUUGACUUUACCAACACCACAGGUUAUACAAAAAUAGGAGGAAUUUGGAGUGUCUGAUAAACACAUUAAGAAAUAACCCUUAUAGCAUUUUUAAGUAUUUCUACAGUAAAGAGAGCAAUUUCGAACCGAUUAAUUAUUCAAUAUUCAUGUGACAUCUUUGAAAUUGCAAUUGAUUCUUAUCAUCAGUGAUAUUUUUAAAUAUCACUGAUGAUAAUAUUAUUAAAAUAAACAUCAUUUUGAGAGUGCAUGUAUAGGAUACAAUACUAAUGAUAGACGGUAUAAUCUCACUUUAGGUAUUCAAUGGUAAUACAGAUAAACAUUCUGUAGUUCACAAUGCUAUUUCACCCGCCAUUGUUGCUCGAUAUAUCACACUUGAACCAAAGUCAUGGAAUGGACACAUCUCUCUUCGUGUUGAAUUUUAUGGAUGUUGAACAGUAUUCGCAACAAUCUGAAGUGAGUAUCAUUAGUAAUAUAAUUUCAUCUUGAUUUUCCCAUGAUUAUUUAGAAUUAACAGUUCUCCUUGUUAGGAAGGUAAUGGGAUUUGAAAAAGUUUUGAAUGAAUGAAGUGGAUGAUGGCUACAAAGACAUACGUUCACUUUAAGUGCACAGAUUUCCAGCUCUCUUUGAAAGAAAUUCAAAAUUACGUAAUAUCAAAUUACGUAAUAUUUAAAAAAUUACCAAAUAAAAUUACGUAAUAUUUAAACCCAGGCAAAAAAGGCAAGUGUAUAACCUGGCACUUGCGAUUAACAAUAACAUAAUUGACAGGGUUAAAGAAGUCUGUUUUCUUGGUGUUAUUUUGGACGAGAAUUUAACACGCUAAACAACAGGCACGCAGAACAAUGAACGUUUGUGCAUCUUCCAAGCAAUCUUUAUUUUUCAACCAACGACGACUUUUCUAACGUUUUACAGCAAGAAAACUUGCCCUGUUUAUUACAAUGUCUUUGUUUCUUAUUUGACAAAAACUCAUUUCCCCUUUUCUCUAUUUUCUAGGUACUUGUAUUGGUUAUAUAAAAGUAAAAUGUUUUGAUAAUAGUUUUUAGAGAACUGCACUGCACAAGUCAUUUUAAUGUCAAGUAGAGAGUUUUUGCGCACUAUUUUAGCGAUUGAUAGGCCAUUUCUAAAUAUUGUUCAGAUCACUGUGAUUAUAGUAUUACUAUAUGAUAAAUGUAACUUCACGUAUACGACGAUUUUGUCAUUUAAUAAGACUAGUAAAUUGAUCCCUUGUAUCCUUAAGGUAAUUCCGCAGUUUUGCAUUGCGCACUUUUACUGCGCACAUCUUAUAACUUAUAAUUUUAUCCAUUAUACGUACAGUUUAAAAAAAAAUCAUUUUAUGACAAUUUUAUGUUACUUAAAAACUUCUUUGGUUACAUUCGUGCAAAGAAUUACGUUAAAAUCAAUGUUAAAUUAAAAGAAAAAUCAUUUCUCGAUCUUGAAAAAAAUGCUUUAUCAAUGCAUGUUCUCAAAGAAAGAUAUGUAAAGAAAUGUGGAAAAGACAUUUGUGGAUCAGAAUUGUACACGUUAGUAGUUUCAUUUUGCUCAAAACACAAUAUUUUUUUCAAAAAUAAUUACAUGAUAGGUUUACUAAAGCAAAAUCCGCGCUAAAAACGUCAAUAAAUAUCGGGCUGUUGUGGUUUUGCUGUUACUCGUAAUGAGCGUCAAGAUGGCGCCAUAUUGGGGUAAAGGUGGUAUAUUGUGAUUGUCAUAUAUUCUUAACGAGUUCGGUGACCCCGACUUUUUUGUGUGAUUUUACUUUAAGUAUAUCAUAAACUCCGGAUCCAAGCCUGAGAAGUUUCAGCACAUUCUCAUUUCGGGAACAAUUACUGCGGAAUUACCUUAAGCCCAUAUUCUCUUGCAUCUUAAUUCCAUCGCCCCAUCCUAUCCUUUCCCUUGCACGAAAUCUUUUCCCUCUUACAACUUGACUUAUUUUUGUUUUUCUACGCUCUUUAUUAACUUCCUUGUUUGGGAGAUGCUCCCUGAGUGCUAUUACUUGAACCUAUUUCAACAUCCUCACCUCAAUUCUCCCUGAUAGCCUCUUUUUCUUAGUUUAAUUUAUAGAGUUUCUCACUCAGUGGUAAGCACAUUUCGCAACAGGAUAUUGCCCAAUUAAUAGGGGACCCGCGAAGUAAUAAUAAUAAUAAUAAUAAUAAUUACAAUAUUUAGUCAGGGGUUCCACUCACAAAAAUGAUUUUCAGUGGAUGGAGUCCUGAUAAAAAAAAGCUAACAAAAGUGAAUAUAUGAAAGGUUAUAUAGUAUAAUGUUCUAGCGCAUCCUGUCAGUUCAAUAGAGUGUCCUAUGUACUAUUUAAACAUGAGCAGCAGACGUGUUUUAUCAGUUAUAAAGAUACAAGGCGAAGCCGAGUAUCUUUAGGUCUAAUAAAACACGCAUGUAAUGUGAUUCAAUUAAGAUUAACUGCUACUAAUAUUAACUAUUACUAAUGGUAGAAUACUCGAGUGACCAAAAGAAAAUAAUUAAAUAAACUUAUUCGCUGAAAAGCACAAACAAAAUAAAACGACAAAAAACAACAAAAAACAAAGUAUACGUACGUGUGAAAUAGAGUAGGGCCUACGAGAAACCUAUUUCAGUAUAGUUAAAUAUGGCAGAACCAAACGAGGUAAAUACCGCGAGAAAUCUCACAACAUAUCAAGUGAUACCUCCGUCGAAAUUUAGCUUUAAAUCCUCGGAGUGGACCCAAUGGAUUCGUCGUUUUGAGCGAUUCAGAACUGCGACAGAACUCGACAAGAAAGAGGAAGCCAAACAAGUCAACGCGCUUAUAUAUACUAUGGGCGACGAGGCAGAUGACAUAAUAACAUCGUUUGGUCUAGCUCAGCGAACAAGAAAUGAAAAGCUACGAAACAGUUCGAAACAAGUUUGAAAAUCAUUUCAUCGCCAAACGAAACGUUAUUUUCGAAAGAGCAAAGUUCAACGUUCGAAUUCAAGACGAAAACGAACCUGUGGAAAGCUUUAUUACCGACCUGCAUUGUCUUGCUAUAAAGACUAUAAAGUAUUGCGAAUUUGGCGUAUUAAAGGGGCCCUACAGUAACUUUUUAGUCGAAAAGCCACCUUAAGUAUUGUUUACAUUUUUUUGCAUGCGUCUUCCGGUGUGCGGAAGUACUCAUACUCAUGGAUACUGCAUGUAAGAUACAGCCAAACGAAUCUCCGUGGAGUCCCCUAUUUAAGGUGGCUUUUCGACUAAAAAAUGACUGUAGGGCAUUCAUGGACAAAAAUCGACCCGAAGUAGCGAGCAUAAUAUUGCCAACAUUUCUAAGAAUAGAAAACCCUCGCGUGACUCGAAAAUACGGCAAAAUGGACGGUAAAUCCAAAUGUACGCGGUGUCUCGGACCAGCGCACUCCAGGCAAUUCUGCCCAGCAAGUGAGUCCACCUAUAAUAACUGUUCAAACAAAGGACAUUGGGCAAAAGCGUGUCGAAGCCAAGCAAGCCAACAACUUCGCAAGAAACAAGUUAACGAACUAACUUCCCAGAAGAUGUCUACUUUUUGGGCGACGUCGUACACCUCGACACUAUCAAUAAAUCUGGCAAUAAACCGUGAACUGUGUGUUGGUAUGACUUCAGACGUUAUUAGAACUUUCGAUACGAUAACAGACUUACAUAAAGUACUGACUGAGAUAAGAGGCGAGCCCGCGGUAAAUAGGACGACAACGUGUAAACAACGUUGGGGUUUUUGGUUUUAAUACACCACAGUGUUUUACCGCUCAAAAGGCUUAAUAAUUCGACGAUAUUUGUAAAGAAAUAAAAGUUUAUACAUUGUUUAAGUACAUUAUCGUUUUCUUUGUGUAAUUAUGUUUGCAUGCGCGUUGAAAUACGUGGGUAUAUAGCGAUACCAAUACAGUAAAACACUAGUGAUCGAAGAAAUCAAUCAAGACGGUGACGUUCGUGAGCUAUAAAGAAGCCGACUUUAAAGGAGUUUUGCCUGCCAGAUACUCGAAGUUGCUUGACGUAGUUAUCAUUGGGUCAUUGGUCGAUGUUAUGAACUAAAAUAUGAGUGUCCAAAACAAGAAACAAGAGAGAAGUAAGGCCAAAACGGCGGUUAGUUUGGCCUCGAGGCGGCUUAUCGGUGCAGCCCACCGAGGAACAGAAUAUGAUGUGUUGAAGAGUUUAAUAAUCGAACUCGAAAAGGCGUACGAUGAUUUCUGUGUAGCAAAUGAAGAGUUUGAACUUCUCGUGUCAGAGGAAGAGAACAGUGAACAUCGUGUUGUGAACGGAGAGGAUGUUAGUGAGUAUAGAGACAAUGUUAAACAGUGUUAUAAUGAGGCUAGGGAAGUAUUCUUGGAACAAAAGGCUGCUGAGCAAGAAAUAAGCAAAAAGUUAGCAGUAGAACCAGCGAGAGUUGCCUUAAAGCUAGAUUCUAGUCGAAUAAGUGAGUUAAUCGAAACAGUUGAUAUAAACAUGAACUCUACCAGUCCAAAUAAACGAGCAUUGCAUUUAGACAAAGAAGAAUUGCAGGCAAUGUUAAAUGUGUUGUGUGGGAAAAUCUCUGAAUUGAGUUUGAUUGGGUCUUCAAAAUCAGAGCAAGAUAUUCAGUUACAUCUUGAGAUUGAUAAGAUUAUUGCACAAGGUUUUAAACAGGUUAGAUCCAUAAAUCUGUACCUAUGUGACUGUCAAAGUUCAAUCGAAAAGACUCCAUCACCCCCUAUUGUAAAUCAAGUAGAUACUGUGGUUGCAUCUGCUGCAGUUCUUGAUAUAGACUCCCAAAAUAGUGCAACCUCUAGUGGCCCACCUGUGACCAAUCCCAGUACUCAAAUUGACCACACCCCUACCAGCCCCUCCAAGGAAGGGACAGUGAGUGACAUCCCCCCACCUGCAGUUACAGAGAUAGAUACUACCAUCAAUGUGUCUGCACCUGAAUUUGUACCUUCAACAAUGAAUGAUCCAGUGAGUAGUUCUGUAAUCAGUGUCCAGUCCACCUAUACAUGUACCAAUCCCCAAGCCAUACCCCAAAGUGCAAGUACAUCACAGCAAACCUUUCCUAUUUUAAAUCAAUACCCAACCACCAGCAUCAUGCACCACCCCCCUCCACAGAUCAAUCAUCUACAAUCAACUCACCCCACCACUUAAGUACCAGCACCGCCCCAAUCUACUUUUUUUAUUUUAUUAUUAUUUUUUUAUUAUAGAAAGAUUACACAUUGAAUAGCUACAGUAAGUAACUAAAUUAGAACGCGCAUUACAUAUAUAUAGAAAAUAUACAUUAAUUACUGAACUAUCUACAUUAGGUAUUAUAAAAGUUUCAAAUGAGAUAUUUAUAUUAAAAAAAGAGAGUUAUUAACAAAGGUUCAAAUGGCGAAACAAAUGGACUGAUCCAAAAACUAUCACUACGUGUUAAAAAUGUUUCGAUAAAAAUAUAUAAAGUUAUAUUAUAUAUUAUAUUAUAAAAUAGAGUUAUUAUAGAGUUCAAUUGACGAAACGAUUGGACUGUUCCGAAAACGUUCUGUUCUGUAGUGGUAAUUGUAAAACAAUUGACCAUUCUGACGUGUAACCCUUUGCCGUACCUUGCAAAGUUUAUUAGGAAGAAGAUGGUGCAGUUUGUGUUGCGGGUCAGACAUUUUACUGAUAAGAUCAAUGCACAUAGUAUUGCGACGUUGUUCAAGCGUAUGCAUUCCAGCUUUCAACAAUAACUUUUCGUAAUCUUUUUCGGAAUAAAUUAUUCUCAAAGCCCUUCUUUGUACUUUCUCAAUACUGCUGCUCUGUGCUUUAGUAAGGCCCCCAUGCCAGACUUGCGCUCCAUAUUCAAGUGUCGGCCUGAUGGCAGAGAUGUAAAACCGUUUCAUAUCAAUCUUGUCAGCACCGUAUUUCUUUAAAGUUUUUAAUAAAAAGAGUCGCUUAACUGCUUUCCCUAUUAUAUAAUCAGUAUUAGUUUGCCACUUUAAAUUAUCGUCAAUCCAUAAGCCCAAUAGUUUGAAAGUUGAAACCCUUUCCAACGUUGUAUCAUUGAAUGUUAGUGGUGGAAUAACUGUUUUGUUCUGACGGAAGUCUAACUGCAUUUCCUUACAUUUUUUCAGGUUCAACUCCAUUUUUUGAGACGUGGCAAAAUCCAUAACUUUCAUAAUAUUAUUGUUCAUACUCCCAACUUGCGUACCCGAGACAUGAUCACGGACGUUAAUAACCUCUGACAAUGUUGUAUCAUCCAUGAAAAGAGUGAGGUCAUCAUCACCAUCAUCAUUAUCAUCAUUGCUUGAAUUAGUCAGACUGCUCUCGGUAUCUUUUAUCACUGCCUUCAGUCCGUUAAUGUGAACGACGAACGCGAUUGGACCAAUACGACUACCUUGGGGAACUCCCCCAUUAAUCAUGCAUCUUGUAGAAAGUUCGUUACCAAAUCUUGUGACUUGCAUCCUCUUACUCAGAUAUGACCCCAACCAGCCAAUAAGCCCCGGUCUGACUCCAAUUUUACAACAGUUGUCUAAUAGCAGGUUGUGAUCAAUAAGAUCAAAUGCCUUGCGAAAGUCCAAAAACACAAUUCGUAUUACUCGUUGUGAUAAGUCCAACGCUUUAUUCCAUUUGUGUAGAAGGUGAACGAGCGCAAGAACUGCUGACGAGCGUGGGACACCACCAUACUGUUCCUUACAAAUUUUAGACUCAAUAUCGUCAUACAUCCAAUCAACCACGUAAGACUCCUGUAUUUUUGAAAUUGUGCUAGUGAGAGCUAUUGGUCUUAUUUCAUCCAGAUUCGUGCACGGUUCCACUUUUGGUAUAGGUGCUAGGCGGAACUCUUUCCACAGUUUUGGAAACACCUUCUGCCCAAAUGAUGCAUUAAAAAUGUUUGCUAAUGGGAUGGCAAAAGAAUGCGCAAACAUUUUGAUUAUCUUGAGGUAGGGGUCGUUUGGACCGGGAGCUUUGUGAGACUGAAUGGACAAAAGCUUUUUCGCAACGCUUUCGGGUGUAACAGUCGGCAAGACAUCUGAAUGACCGUACAAUGACCAUCUGGAUUGAAUUUCUGGGAAAUCAUUUGUUAGAUCUGCAAAAAACGUAUUAAUCAUAUUUGCAGCAUCACUAUCUUCGAGUUUGGAGUCUGAUCCCUGCUCACUGAGAUUGAUAGAAGGUUUCUUCUUUCCAGUCAGUUUCCAGACCUUCUUCCACCACAUUCGGGCAUCCCCGUUGGUAUUCAGCCUUCCAAUGUUCAUUACAUAAUAGUGCCUCUUUGCCUUUGUAAUUUCCGAUGCUACUCUAUUACGAAGUUUCCUAAACUUCUGCAUUCUUCCUUGUUUGUAUGCGUUAUCUCGCUUCCUUAGUAACUUUUUUAUUUUUGUUGUUAUAAAAAAUUUAUCAUCGGAGUGCAUUCGAACUGUUCUCUCCGGGAAAUAGUAAUUAAUCAUGUCGUUAGUAGCUCUGGUGAAAUCCUCAACCUUUUCAUCUACGUUCUCAAGGUUUAGUACGGUUGACCAAUCAUAUUGGGCAAGACAGGAACCAAAUUGUUGCAGGUUAUAUCUUGGCGUUGGACGAAAUUUAAUUUUCUUCACAAUGUUUACCGAGCGCUGCUGUGAUUUCGCCAUCCAAAUAACCAUAUUAUGGUCUGAGGUAGACAGUGGUGCAAUUACUUCAGGGUGGUUAUAAUGUGAGCUCAUGUUAGUAAAAAUAAGAUCUAGGAUAUUGGAGUUUCGUGUCGGAUCCUUAACCACUUGCUUUAAAAUCACAAUAGUCAGAAAGACGCUUCAUAUCAAAACCGUUGCUGCAGGGAUUAAAAUCUCCAGCCACAAUAAAACCUGUUUCUGGACUUUCAGAUGAUACUUUGUCAUAACACGAAUAAAAAUAGUCAUAAAACUUUUCUAAGUUUACUCGAUCAAUUGAGGGAGGAAGGUAUACACAAGCAACAGCAAUUCUCGAAAUUGUUCGUGGAAGCCACUUUGGACGCAGAAUUAGCCACUGACAUUCAAAGCUCGAGUCAGAGAGAUCAUCACGAGUUCUUAUUGAAAACUCUUUACGGACAUAGAUCCACAGCCCCCUCCAGAACCGAUUUUCCUAUCCUUACGUAUCAAAGUAAAUUGUGGGAUGUUAACAACUUCACUGGGUAUAUUGUCCGCUAGCCAUGUCUCCGUGACAAUGAUGAUUUCAGCUUUAUGCUCGUUUGAAUAAUAUUUUAAUUCAUCAAUUUUCCCCAUAAUUGAUCUCGCAUUUACGAGAAGCACAUUUGGUAAGGUUCGGGCGGUUGGGUGAUAUGAUGGACUCUCUUUUUUAAGGUAGAUCAGGUUUCUAAUCACAGGGUUAGAUUUUUGUUUGUAGUACUGAUAGGGACGCUCGUCACUUCGGUUUGUAGUAAUUACGGGUAUUGAAAAACAAUUGGUUGUAUUAGUGGUGGGUGCUACUUGUCCCCACCUGUCAAUCCCACGUCAAGUUUUCCACCAAAUUCGAUUGGCUUACACCAAUACCCAAGCAACACCCAACCCCACCUUGGUACAAGUAUGACCCAAGCAACGUUACAGCAAACUUUCAGUAACACCAAUCCAUACCACAACACCCCCCUACUACCACACCAUAGUAUGACCACAAAUCUUUAUAACAAUGUUCCUCCACAGAAUUUGGUAAGUUUACCAGAUACAAGUAUGUAUUUGAGCAGUGUGUCCCCAAGCGCUCCAACUACCAGCCCAUCAACAUGGAACCCACUGCAAGUACCAGUGACUUAUUCUACUCCCAAUGCGAGCGAGACAUAUUUGGUCAAUCCCAGCACAGUCCCAAUCCCCUCAGUCAGUCCACAACCUACACCUCACCACAGCCCUAAUUCACUGGGUUUCAAUUCUCGGGUCCAGGUAAAGAAAAUGGCUUUGCCAACAUUCAGUGGUAACCGCAAAGAGUGGCCAGAGUUCAAAGCGAUUUGGAAAUCAGUCGCUGAGACAGCAUAUCAAAAUAAGACUGCUCUGGCUCAUGAGCUUAAAAGAUCGGUAAAGGGUGAGGCAAGUCGACGAAUCUAUGUCAGUCUAUGUCACCAAACCGGAAGCAUACAAUGUCAUGUGGCAGAAGUUAGAAAGUUUCUACGAAGAUGUUGGUGCAAGUGUACAAGCUGCACUAGAAGAUUUACAUAAGAUUAAAGCUGUACCGACAGAUGAUUACAAAGGCUUGGUAGAACUUGUAGACGAAGUAGAAUCAGCGUAUAGUCAAUUGGAAGAGUUGGGAAACCUAAAUGUUUUGACGUUGAGAGAUGUUGAUUUAAUCACCGAACUGCUACCAUGUUAUUUGAAAGUAGAAUGGCGAAGAAGAUAUAGGGACAUCACGGCCAUUGAAAAGAUACAUCCUUUCAUCCCUUUCAUGCAUUUUCUCGAAGGCGAACGAGAAGCAGUCUCUCGAAUAGCCGAGUACCAGCCAAAGGGAAGUAUGAGCGAAGUAUGAGCGAAAUAUGAGCGAAGAAAGCAACAUGUACAAGGUUAUCAUGCAGGAAAGCAAUCCUCAAAGAAGUAUUACAA